UAGGAAGGAGGAGGGAAGGAAAUGGAGAAGUACUUAGAAAGAGGGCAGUGACAGCCUGACGGAAUAGAAAAAGAGUGAGAGACCAGACUUGGAAAGAGAAAAUUGUAAAGAUACAGACAAAGGAAAGCUGGAUAGAAGACCGUUGAAGAGGGAGGAGAUAAGGCAACGCUUAAGUGAGAUCAGAGUGGAGAGUACAUUAGAGGGUGAAUGAGAAAAGUGAAAGGAGGUAACGAAAAAAGGAAAAACGUGAGACAAGGAACUACAAGAGAAGAAACAAAAAAAAAGAAAAAGAGGACCGAGGGAGUGGAAGGAGGAGGACAGAGAGGGUUACCACCUCCCAAACAGGGGCAGAGAGGCUGGACUGCAGAUAAACUGAUGCUGGGGGAGUGAUGGACAAGGAGCGCAUUUCAGCACUAAAGAGGUCCUUUGAGGUUGAGGAGGUUGACCAGUCUUCGAACCCCUCUGUCCAGCCCCGCAGAACUCCAAAUCCACUCCUAAGAGGUGCAGGCUCUGCUGCCCAGAAAUUUCAAGAACAAAGCCCUAGAAAUGCAGAAGCACUCCUGAGACAUGCAGACAUCGGAGGACAAAGAUCUCCAAAAUCAUCACUAAGGAGAAUCGACCUGGCGGGGUCUCGGCAUCCAGAACCCAUGUCAAGACGAACAGAGAUCUCCAUUGACAUCUCAUCCAAGCAGGUGGAAAAUUCUGCCCCAGCGGUUUCUCGAUUUGGUUUGAAGAGGGCAGAACUACCAGGUCAUAAGCCUCCUGAGCCUAUUCCAAGAAGAGCAGAGAUAACUCUGGGAAAGUCUCAUGAGCUCCGAGGAGAGUCUCCAAGUUCUAAAAUUCCUGAGAUGCCUCAGAGAAGAACAGAAGAAAGCAAUGCUAAAAAGGUUGAUAUACAGAUGCCUAAAUCCCCAGAAGUCCCCCAAGUAAAACAGGUGGAAAACUCCAUACCUUCAUCGACCAUGCUUCACCAUCAGCCAGAGCCAAAACUGCCGAUCGUCCAGGUAGAAGUUCAGCAACAGAGAUCACCAGAGGUUAUUGAGGACACUCAGCCGUACGCUGCCAACAUGACAGACAUUAUCAGAGACGCAGGGGUGAAGCAGCCUCUUCCCACCCGAGGCGUAGGGGAGAAGCCGGCCAUGGAUUUUGGAUAUGUGGGAAUAGAUGCCAUUUUGGAGCAGAUGAGGAAAAAGGCAAUGAAGCAAGGGUUCGAGCUGAACAUCAUGGUAGUUGGUCAGAGCGGACUUGGGAAAUCUACAUUAAUAAACACACUCUUCAAAUCCAAGGUCAGCAGAAAAUCUGUGCAGCCAACAGCUGAAGAGAGGAUUCCAAAAACUAUAGAGAUUAAAAGUAUCACUCAUGAAAUUGAAGAAAAAGGGGUUCGGAUGAAACUGACAGUCAUAGACACUCCUGGAUUUGGGGACCACAUUAAUAAUGAAAACUGCUGGAUGCCCAUUAUGAAGUUCAUUAAUGACCAGUAUGAGAAGUACCUACAGGAAGAGGUGAACAUCAACCGUAAGAAGAGAAUUCCAGACACCCGAGUCCACUGCUGUAUAUACUUUAUUCCGGCCACAGGACACUCACUCAGGCCACUGGACAUCGAAUUCAUGAGACGCCUGAGUAAAGUGGUGAAUAUUGUACCCGUUAUUGCCAAAGCAGAUACAUUAACUUUAGAAGAAAGAGAUUAUUUUAAACAGAGAAUCCGUCAAGAUCUACAGAACAAUGGUAUAGAUAUCUAUCCUCAGAAGGAGUUUGAUGAGGAUGCGGAAGACCGGCUGGUGAAUGAAAAGAUCAGAGAAAUGAUUCCAUUUGCUGUUGUUGGUAGUGACCAAGAGUACCAAAUUAAUGGUAGGCGAAUACUGGGCCGGAAAACCAAGUGGGGGACCAUUGAAGUGGAAAACAUUGGUCAUUGUGAAUUCGCUCACUUGCGAGAUCUUCUGAUAAGGACGCACAUGCAGAACAUCAAAGACAUAACAAGCAGUAUUCAUUUUGAAGCGUAUCGCGUCAAGAGGCUUCAAGAAGGAAACAUGCUCUCCAACGGCACAUCGGAAAAAGACUACUCUUCCAACGAGAUAUAAUCCUGGGAUCGUACACCCUCCAUCAUGAUCAUCCUGUCCUUCAGUUUCUAUGUGUUCAGCUCCUGUGACAUUGUGCGGGAGGAAUAGAGGGGAGGAAGUACAGGAAGGUUAGCCCAUUAAUUUUCAGGGUCUCCAGGUCUGACUGGGCCUUGAUCUGCAAGUUUGUGCCAUAAAAGGGAGAAGGCGUCAUGGCAGUCAUUAGACUAAGAGGGGGACAGUAGACAUCUGCAUUUACUUUUUUUUUUUUCCUACUAGUAUGAGCCACUUAACUGCCUUGUUACAUUGUGCAGUACCCUUUUCCUUGCUACGGUGAGCUGUAUAGAGAUAUAGCUCAUUGUUAAGUACAGCUGGCUCUUAUUUUCUGAAACCUUUCUGCAGUUUGCUCUAUCAUGGUGGAGCUCAGAGCAAAGUAUUCCUAGCUAGAAUGUCAUGUAGUCAAAUUUGUUUCAUUCUUAAGUGCCGAAAGUCAAGUUAAAGAAUGUGAAAGUGCAUUUCAUCUAUGGAUUGUGGGCUGAAUUGGUAUUUAUUAUUCCUGUGAAAGAAGAUAGGAAAACGGAUGAGAUUGAAAGUGGAUUAAGGAAGUUUUAUUAUUCAUUUUAAGAAAAAAAAAUGCUUUGUUUUUGAGAUUUUCAGAGAACCUUAUUUGUCAGUUGUUUCCUUUACCCUUCUGGUUUGAUCGCAUUCCUUGCAGUUCUUCGUCUCUCAUCAAACUGUUGAACUGCCCCAUCCCUCCUAUUAGACCAAGUUUUCUUUUUGAUUAAAAUUGUUUACCUUUUUUGUUAUUUAUCAUUUUUUUUUUUUUCCCCCACUUUGAUUUUUCAAUAUUUUUUUCUCUUAUUGCCACUAUUUUGUAAUUUAUCACUCAUCGUGGCAUUGUAGUAUUAAAAGUGUCUGUCAGGGAAAAUUAAA